AUUGACAUUUCUCUCCGAAUCAAGCAUAAAAAAAUAAAAACAAUAAACCAAAAACAUAAAUUUGUAAACAAUUAAAAUAAAAGUUAAACUAAAAAUUACAAAAAAAAAAAAACAAUGGAUAUGGAUUAUAUUUAUUGCAAAGGAGUGGUCAAAUCAAAACGCAUCCGAGAAAGCAAUUGGGAUCGCAAUGAAAAAAAGUCCCUCUUAAAAUUAGUCCAAAAAUACAGACCCAUUAUCGACAACAAAGGCAAUGACAAUGUCUGGAUUCGUCGAAAAAAUGCUGCCUGGGAGACAAUAGCAAAAGGAAUGGCCGCCGAAGGCCUCCGGCGAGGAGCCAAAAGCGCUCGAUCACAAUGGGCUCGAAUGAAAGGUGAAGCAAGGAAAAAACAAACAAAAAUUAAAAAAGAAACAAUAAAUUUGGAGGAAGAAGAAGAUGACAGUCCGGUAAUUAUACCAACAGAAAACACAGAUUCUUAUGAUUGCCUUGUCAAGACUGAAGAAUGUCUCCAAGACGAAGAAAUGAGAAUAAAUGACAGCGAUGUAAUAAUCACCCCAGACAUUGACCAAAUCUGUUACGAAAAGAAAUUGAUGUGUUGCGAUACGAUUUUGACUUCCAUUCCCAGUCCAAAUGAAAGUUCUGGUAUCGCUUCGGAAGGCAUUGGUUCUCCAACAGAACAACAAUCCUUUCCACCUCCUCGUCACCAAGCCGAAAAGAAGUUUGCGUCUAAAAUUCCAAUCAACCGAGGAGUGUUUCAUGCUCGACUGCGACAAAUCGAAGAGGAAACCGCUCAGAAAGCUGAAAUGCAUGCGCAGGAGAUCCUCCAUCGGCAAGAAAUCCACUGUUUGCGGGUCAAACAGAUGGAGGAUCAAAUUGAGCAGCAAAGGCGGCUUUUUGAGGCGCAAUUAGAGAAACUCCAAAGUUCAAAUUAGUCUUAGUUUAUUUUCAU